AAUUAUAUAUGUUUGCUUACUUAAUUGUCUUCAUUGAUGUUAAUUGUCUCUUUGAACUUUUAUAAAUAGUGUGGUCACAUUUAUACUCGUGAAAAUAUUUGUUUACCUAUAUUCCCUAAUUAAUGUUAAUGGUCCAUAACUAAAUUUGUGGUUAUGACUUUAUAAGGAUGGUUUUUGAAAAUUAAUUUAUCAUUAAGACUGAGAUAGACAUCCUGUCAUCCCGAUGAUUACCAUAAAAAAAUUAACUGCUUGAGCUUCUUUAUCAUACUUGACCACAAUAUGCAGUCUCGAGGUCUACAAUGAAGCGAAGAUUGAAAGAAUUGAAGCUGUUGUGGCCAUCAAGCAAAAAAGGAAAGCAACAUCUUGAUGAUGCAAAGAAGAGGAAACAUAAUAGUAAAGCACCAUUUGGUAGUGAUUCCACACAGCAGAAUUUGGUGAUUCCUACUAAUUCAACAGCUCAAGCGAAAAUUGUUGGGGGCCGUAUAAUAGGAGCAAACCAGCUUACGUUGCCAAAUCAUGUAUCAUCCAACUCUGAUGUUGUUGGCAACUUGGCCCCGGACACAAUAGUGGAAAACGUUAGAGGGAACUUAAUGGAUACUCAAGGCAAUAUGGAUUGUCAGCAUGGCGAAGAGCAUUAUCUGGAUGGUGCAAAUGACCAAGGGCAUUUGGAGGGCGCUCUUCAUUCAACUGAAUGUAAUCGCGCUGCGACACUAGAAGAAACUUUCGAUCCAAUGGUAAUUGAAAGCCAUAUGGAUACCCAUCAACAAGCUCAAGGGCAUUUGGAGGGUGCUCUUCAUUCAACUGAAAGUAAUCGCGCUGCAACACUAGAAGAAACUUUCGACCCAAUGGUAAUUGGAAGCCAUAUGGAUAUCCAGCAACAAGUCCAAGGGCAUCUAGAAGGCGCUCUUCAUACAACUGAAAGUUCAGGCACUAUUGUUGUAAAAGCCACUUACAAGGAGCAUUCAGUGAGAAUUGUAUUCUCUUUGACUUUACCGAUUAAUCAACUAAUUGAAGAAACAGGCAUGAAGUUCCAACUUGCUUUGAACAAAUAUAGAUUGUUUUAUCAAGAUGAAGAUAAAGCGUGGAUGAUGCUGACUAGUGUGGAAGAUUUGAAGUAUGCUUCGAAUGUUGCUGAAUCAUUGGGAACCAAGUUUGUUAGAUUGUCUGUUAUUGACUAUGUUGUUUAAUAAUGUGCUUCCAUUUAUUUGAGUGAUUUAAGUGUAACACUCCAAAGUUGACCUAAGUAUUGUAGAGAUGUUUGUCUGUUAUGAACAAAAAAUUGUCGUGAUGUAACUCAAUAACUUUACUGCUCUACUGAAUAAUACCAGUACAUGAAUAUUUUUAUUUUUUGUGAUGGAA